UUGUAAAGGAAUUAAUUCUAUAAGGAAGUGUCUUUUAUCCUCUUUAGAUUCUGGGAAUUCCUUGAAUGCUGACCCAAAAUUAAACAAGCUUUUCAAACAUACUGCAGCUAUGAGUACACGGGACAUAAGUGUUGGGACCGACUUCGAUUUUGACACAGGUCAUUUUGAACAAUCGUGUACUCCACCUAAGAAGAAAAAAUCGGAUUACCCAUACAUUCCCAAGGGCACUCCACUUCAGCUCCCGCCAUGCCGAGUCUGUGGAGCAAAGGCGUCAGGGAUUCACUACGGGGUAAACAGUUGUGAGGCUUGCAAGGGUUUCUUCAGACGAUACCUUCUUCGUAAAGAGCCUUAUAAGUGCAGUCAUGGCGGAAAUUGUGAAAUAACGGAUCGUCACCGGGGUAACUGUUCAGCAUGUCGGAUGAAAAAGUGCUUGGAUCUAGGAAUGUCAAAAGAAGGUAUUCGACAAGGAAGAUACACUCUCACAGAAAGAACAAAAGCCAUCAUGGAAGUAAAACGUCUGCAGAACCCAGAAUUGCAAUUUGACCAAAAAGCCUUCGACAUUGUUAGUGCUGCUGUAUCACAGAAAAAUGCAGAGAGAACCCAGAGAAUUUCAGUUGAAGAAUCCCAGUCCUGCAUGCAGGUUCCGAUUUCUCCCGAUUGCAAUAGACAACAAGCACUGUCCGACAUCUCAGAUGAUCGGUCUCUAGCAGACAGACUCUUAGAUUUCUCUAACUUUUCUACACACAAUGUAUCGGAUGAGUUAACAGAUCUGCUGAAUCCAGAUUGUUUUUUCAGUGAGGAAAUGGAAAUACCCAACACUGAGAACAUACUUUUGUUAGACUCUGAUCCCUGUCCAAUAGCUUCACCGGAAGUGGAGGUUUUUCAUCCAACUUUAUAUGACGAUGUGAUAGAUAAUUUAGUGGGUGCAUUAAAUGACAUGCUUCCACACUCUAGUCAGUUUACAGACGAAGAAAUCUUCGCCAUCUUGAAAGAAGGAUACGACAAGUAUCAGAUGAAAGCCCAAGUGUUUGGUCCUUUAAACGCUCUUUCCCCCGAGGAGUACAAUGCAAUAUAUGAGAAAACACAACUUGACGUGGAUGGAAGAAAGCAGCAUUUACAACUCAACAAAGGGACAUUAGAAACAAUGAUCAAGAAAUAUGUCAAUUUUUCACAUGCUAUUCCGUCGUUUUCAGAUCUUCCAGCACAAGACCAGGCUACGCUCCUGAAAGCUUCUAGGUUCGAGUUUUUCAUGCUUUUGGAAUAUCGGUCACUGAACCCUGACCUAGAGAUGAUACAGACAUACUCCGGAGAAGUCUUCCACCUCAACGAAGCUUGUAUAUACGUACCUAGAGAAAUGAUGAAAUCAUGGCUUGAGUUUACGCGGACCAUCAAGAAACUAGAAUUGACUAAUAAAGAACUAGCCGUUACACUUGCUGUGGCCUUGACCUUUAGAGACCGCUGUAGGUUAGAGCAGCCAUCAUUCAUAGAGCAAAUUCAGGAUAAUUUGGUGCGCAUGCUCCACUACCUACUGGAGGAUCACCAUGGAGACGAAUUCAUGAUGGCUUUUUCUCGAAUUAUUAGCAUGUUGACAGGCCUGCGCAGCCUGACGGAAAAUUACUUCCUACAGUUCAAGACGAUUUGUAAAGACAAGUUCAUCAAGCGAGAAAUGCCUGAACUUCUUGGUUUUUUGUUUGAUGAAUGACUUGGUACACGUAAACUCAGCACAUUCCUUGCCCUAGCUUUAUAGAUGUUCAUUAUCAAGCCCUGAUCGCGUGGAGGAAAUUCAGGAUGAAAUGGUCGCCAUAUUGCAUCGUUUAUUAAGGCAUCGUCAC